UCCAAGAUGGCUUCCGACGAAGAGGAUGAUUUAGAAGCUUUGCGACUAGCAGCUUUAGCUUCUUUAAAAAGAAAGAAAGAUGAUUCUUCAAGUAACCCACCCCAGAUACAGACACAGCCACAGACACAGCCUAGUCAAGCUAUUCCACAAAGUCUUAACUUUUCAACAUAUCAGCCAGUGGGCCAGUCUUUGCCAUUCCAGUCCAAACCAAACCAGGGCUUUCAGAGGGGGAGAGGAAACAACCGCCGCCCCUUCAGGGGUGGGAGAGGAAGGGGAAACAACUGGAACACUGCCCCGUCAGGACCGCGGUCAUGCCUAAUUGUACUGACCCAGGAAGAACCCAAAAAGGAGGCACAACCUGGGCCUCAGGAAUCAGUAUCCAAGGAUUCAACACAGCCAGCUAAGUCCAAGCUGUUGCUUCCACAGGAUAAAUGGGCAUCUUCAGGUUUAUCGGGCAUUUCUGAUGAAAACAGUCAAUCUUCUACUCCCACCAGACCAAAAGACAAGUUUUCCCGCUAUGCUGACACUGACUCAGACUCCGAUGAAGGAUCCGAUGUUCAGCAUUCCUCAGAUGAAGAAGAAGAGCUAGAAGAAAAUGGAAAUCACAGCGACAAAGAAAACCACAAAACUUCAUCCAAUAUGGAGGAUAGGAGUCCUGAAAACAGGCUUGCUGAAUCAAGGUCUCCCUCUCCAGAAUCCAAACGGAGAAGAAAAAACUCCUCUGCCAGUGCAAAAUCAGAAUCCCCUGCAACAGGACGGAACCAAAGACAAAAAAGUAUGUCAAGUUCACCGGACAGACCUGCCAGCAGCAACUCCUCAAGGUCAAGUUCUGUGGCCAGUCAGAGUUCACAAAAGGGAUCUCCUUUAGGGUCAAGACCCAGUUCUCGCGCUAGUAGACGAUCUAGGAAGAAUUCUCAUUCUGGUUCAAGACCCAGUUCUUGUGCAAGUAGACAUUCUAGGAAAAGUUCAAAUUCUGAUUCAAGACCGAGUUCUCGUGCUAGUAGACAUUCAAGGAGAAGUUCAAACUCUGGUUCAAGACCGAGUUCUCGUGCUAGUAGACAUUCUAGGAAAAGUUCUCAUUCUGGUUCAAGACCAAGUUCACACACAAGAAGGCAUUCUGGAGACAGAUCACGUUCAGGUUCAAGGUCAAGUUCAGGUCGAAAGCAAACUAGAUCUCAAUCAAGCUCAAAAGCAUCCCUCAAAUGUGCUUCUCCAUCUCCACAACCAAAACAUCUAUCAGGGUCUCAUACAACCUCUUUAAAAUCUAUUCCCAUUGAGGGACACAGUGAUAUAGUGACUCUAUUGCAAAGAAAUACCUCCCCAUCUCGAUCAAAUCGAAGGAGAUCUACAUCACCUAAAAGGGCAUAUUCUUCGAGGUCAAGAAGUUACUCAAGUAGAGAAAAGUCACCCAGAAAAAUCAGAAGCAGGAGUGGAUCAAUAUCUCCAAGGAGAGGAGGAAAGAGAUCCCCAUCGCCCUAUUACAGAAGGAGAAAAUCCUUCUCGAGAAGUCGAUCACGGUCACCCUACAAAAGACCACUGUCUCCGUACGGGAGAUAUAAAAGCAGGUCAAGGUCUAGAACUCCUAAAGGAUUGUAUCGUCCAAAGAGAAGUCUCUCCCCAAGGAGAAGCAGGUCUUUUUCGCCGAGAUCUUUCUCCCCACGUCUUCGUAAGCGCAGUCGAUCCUUCACCCCUCACCGAUGGAGCAGGUCCCCAUCCCUAUCAAGACAGAGGGGGAGAUCACCCCCACCAAGACAAAAUGCUAGACCCAGAUCAAGAAGUAGGUCAUUUUCUCCCAGGAGGCUGCCAUUGAAGAGAGCUAGAAGUAGGUCAAGGUCUUUUUCACCAGACAGGAGAGGAAAAGUAUUUAGAAGAUCUCGCAGUAGAUCGUAUUCACCUAAACAUUCACAGUAUUCACCUUACAAGUCACGCUCACCAUUAAGGAGGUUCCCAUCUCCACCCUCACGGAGGAGGUCAAGGUCUCCAGUAGCAAUGAAUAACAGAGGUUCAUAUCGUAGAUCUCCAUCUCCUCAAAGCAGACAAUUAUUUUCAGGAAGUAGGCAGAGAUCUCUUUCACCUUUGAGGAGAAACAACUGGUCACCAAAGCCAGGCCGGAACAGGUCACCAAGUCCCAGAAGGAAAGCAUAUGGCUCACCUGAAACAAAAUCUUUGUCUCCCUGGAAAAGAGAUCCAAAAGGAAGAGAAAUGGACCCGAGGGAAAAAGGAAAAUCCAGUAUUGUAGAUAAGAUGCUACAAAUAGCAGGACAAUCUCAAAAAGGAAGGAUGAGUGAAAAUUCACUCGAUGAAGUAAGGAGCAGGGAUGAUAGAAGAGGAGGGGAUAAAAAGUCCAUGAAAGACAAAGAUUCUAGACAGCCUGUCAGUGAACGUGUAUCGGUUACAAAGAGUGUGAGUAAAAUCAGUGUUAAGGAGAGAAUAUCUGUAAGUAAGACACAGAGUGUUAGAACAGUUCCAAGUAAAAGUGACACAAAUGUUGCAGAUGGAAAGGAUGUGGAAUUGUUGGAGGCUAGAAAAAGAAAAUUUGAAGCCUCUUCAGAAGUUAGUCUAGAAAAGAAGAAAAUAUCUUUGAAGGGAAUAAUUCUCAGCAGUAAAGAUAAACAAAGCAGCAAAGGACACAGGGAAGUACACAGUCACAAAAGGAGUAGGUUAUCUUCAGAUGCAAAAGAGAAGAAGUUAUCGAAAGAUGGCAACAAAAGUGAGAAAAGUGGCAAAAAGACAAAUAGUGAAACCAAUAAAGGUGCAAAAAUUACACCCCACAAACGUAAAAGCCGAGAAUCUGUGAAGUCAGUGCGACAUAGUGAAUCUGAGGAUUCUGAUGGGGAUUCAAGUAGUAGUUCUUCUUCAGAAGACUCUGAGAGUGAUUCAGAUGAAGACACUUGGAGAAACAAAAAGGCUGCAACAUCUGAGAGGAAUCAAGAUGAUAUAGAGCGAGAGAGAAGGAAAAGACUGGAAGCUGUCAGAGAGAAAGAAAGGGAGGAAUACAGAGCCCAGAGGGAGGAGAGAAGGAAAAAGGAAGAGGAGGAGAGGAAAAAAGAGGAAGAGAGAAGGAGGGAGAAAGAAGAGGAGAGGAAAAGACAGAGAGAAGAAAGAAAAAAGUCUGGGGAAAAUAGGAAAGAUUCUGUGAAGACAGAAAAGAGAGAACGUGAAAGCAACAAAGGGAACAGGGAAUCCAAAGUGAAAGAACAUAGGAAAAAGCAAUUUGUUGAAAUGGAAGGUAGUGAUGAUGAAGAAAGUGCCAAAAGAAAUAAAUCAGUUCCUGUGACCAGCAUAGUGCUGCCCACCAAAAAAACAGACAGUGCAAACAAUCAAAAGAUAAGUCGAAGGAUUGUGUCUCGAGACAAUGAAGAUGAUGACGCUGAAACCAGAAGGAAACUAUCGAAGACUGAUGCCAGACAUUUAAUACGCACAACUAACAAGAGCAGUAGGAAGGAGGAUGGAGAGCAAGAGGAAGAAAUGGAAAACAGCCCAAAAUCAUCCAAGAAGGAAGGCAAAGCAAGUCCUGUUGUGAUUUUCCAGUAUGACACAGUUAAACAGAAACCAAACCCGGUAGAAGAUGUAUCCACUAGUCGACUGUCAGUCCACGCUCGCCUGGGACUCCCUGUUGACGUCAAGAAAGUAAAGAAAAACAAGCGCACUGUGCGGGAAGUUUCCCCAGAAACCAAAAGUAAAACAACAUCCACCCACCGCAGGGCAACAGUGAUCAGUACUAAGGAGGUCAUUUCAGGUGAGACCGGGAAUUUGGAUGCCAGGAUUAAACUUAUCAAGAAGAGGAAUGUUGAGAUAGAAAGAAGAGAAAACGAAAUAAAGAAGGACAGAGAGAUAUUUGGAUGACAAUAGAAAAUCGACAGUGCGAUUCAGUACCUUGGUUGAUCAAGGAAAAUCGUGUGUAAAUUUUCCAAUGCAUACUUAUUCACUUUGAACAAAUGAAAAGUGUUGUACAUGGAUUUCUGUAAAUCUUUUAAUCUAAUUCAUCCUGAACAAUGAUGGGUUAAAUUUUUAUACAUAAAAAUACUUGUCUUAUUUCAGGUAGAUAGUAGCUGUGCUUGUAUAUUAUUCGCCAUAAAAUUUUAACACAUGUAUAAUACAAAAACAAUAUAAACAAAAAAUGAACCCAAACAUCAAUAAAUGAUAGUAAGUGCUUUAAGAUUGUUUUGUUUGUAAUGUGUUUAUAUUAAACUUCCAAAAUUAGCUUUUAAUUACCUUCAUAGAAUAUAUCAAUUGUGAUGAUGGUUCUGCAUGUGUAUUUCUUUGUAAUUGUAUGUUUUAGUUUUCAUGGGCAUGUGGCACAAAAAAAAUUGUAUAUAAUAUACACAUCUGAUUACUGUGGAUAGCUUCCAGCCAUUUUUCAACAAAUUUUUACAUUCAACUGCCAGUUUUCAUAUGAUGCCGAUUAAAAAAAAACAUUUCAAGAAAAAUUAGUGUGUUGCAGGUCGAUAUGAAUGAAAUGUAAUACAUGCAUGUAUGCUAGGGAAUUCAUAUUCCUUUAUAAUGAAAAUUCUUGCAUUUAUGAAUCGAUAAUUACUAGUAUAUAUUUUUGCAAUACAUAUCUGAGCCAAUGCAUCUAUUAUGAUAAGGAUUAUUGUGAAAUUAUUGGUUUUAGUGGUGGCUCGUGAUGAGUUUUGGAUUUUGUUGAUAUUCCUUACCCCCUUUAAAACUUGAUUAUUUUUUUACUGCCCAUAAAAAUUAACCACCACCAAUUAAAAUGAAUCCACAGUGACUGCCAAAUUCAGUAUUGUUUUUAAAUGUAGCAUUGUUUUAACAUAAUUUGUAUGUUAGUAAUCUUAACCAGGAAACAUUCUCUCAUGGUUGUAAUGAUUUUCACUUUGUCGUACACUCAUCGAAUGUUACAUUUCAUCAUAAUGGUAUUUUUGUAAACCAUGUGUAACUCAUAGAACAUAUAUUGAAGACACUCUCAAGCACUAGCAUCUAAUGCAGUUGACUUACUUUUCAUUUGAGAUGUUGAUAAGAUGAUUAGUAAAUAUAACCAGAUAGGUAUGUUGCACAUUUCAAAAAUGACAUUUAGAAAUGCACUGAAAAUUUUAACACAUUUGGAUAAAUGUA